UAUAGAUAAAGGGCAACCGUGUUUCAAUGUUAUAUUCUCAUAACGGCAAAGACAGAGUAUUUCUGGAUCUAUACACAUGAAAAUCAGCUGAUGUAAGUGAAAUAUUGGAGCAGAAUCUUAACUCCUGGGUCGCCAGGACCGUUAUCGAUACAAAAUCGUCUGCGGGAUCAGAGCGAAAAUUCACCAUGAAGUAUCUCCUGUUUGCGUGCACUCUUUUUGGCGCCAUUUUAGCCUUCAUUUUCCGCACACCUGUCCCCGAUGGGCUGACGGAACCAUGGAAAUAUCGUCUGCUGAUAGCUACCACGUCAGUACAGGCUCUAUUGGCUAAGAUAAGUGCCUACUUUCAAACGGAUAAUCCACACGCGUACAUCCAAGCAUACAGGUCAAUCCGGGACCUGACCAACGUACCUUCACCUACAGAGGUCAAGGGGUCAAACAUCAGGUCAAAGGUCACGACAUUCGAUGGAGUCAGGGUACGCCUCUACGAACUGGUCAAGAAGAAAGAAUUUCUUCAGCCGGCUUUAAUAUACAUUCACGGGGGAGGAUAUGCUUUGGGGUCACCUGAUGGAUACGACAGACUGACAAGAGACUUGGCAGAGCGUCUCAACAUGGUCGUAGUCUCAAUCGACUAUCGUUUGGCCCCUGAGCAUCCUUUCCCUGCUGGGCACCUAGAUUGUCUUCAUGCCACGUCUUGGUUCCUGCGCAACGCUCAAGACUUCGGCGUAGAUGCCAACAGAGUAGCCAUCUCUGGAGACAGCGGUGGGGGCCACUUCAGCGCUACUGUGUCUCAUGUUAUCAACGAUGACCCGUCACUUCCCAAUCUGAAACUUCAGAUCUUGAUUUACCCUGCUACUCAGACCUUGGAUCUUCUGACCCCAUCUUACCAGAAGUACGACCAGGACUUCGGUGAUGAGGGUAUUCUACCUAGGAAGCGCGUAGGGGCAUUCAUCAGCAUGUACGACCUUGGACGGUCGGAUCCACUCUACAUGCAGCAGAUACUGUCCAAUGAGCAUAUCAUCAGGGAAUUCAGGUUGAACUCUCCUUAUAUGAACUACGUGGAUCACAGUGUCAUCCCGUCUGAGCUGCGCAAGGAGACACGACUUUAUCGACCUCCAAAACAUGGACCAGGAAACGAGUCACUAUGGCGUCAGGUCGAAAGCAAAUAUCUUGAUCCACGCUGGGCACCCUUGCUUCGUCAAGACCUGUCAGGACUUCCGCAAGCAUUUGUUUCAACGUGUGGUUUUGAUAGCAUUCGAGAUGAUGGAAUCUUCUACGCGAAGCGACUGGAGGAUGCGGGUGUGAAAACUCAAUGGAAACAUUACCCUUCGGCUUUUCAUGGUGUGAUGUUCAUAAACAAUUUCUUUUGGUUUCAGGUUGGGGAAGAAAUGACGAAGGAUAUUGUGGAGUUUGUUCAAAAGAAUAUCUAGCAAAUUACUCUUGCUUGAGAAGAGUGUACGCGAAGUAUAAUGGCUAUGACAUGUAUAAGCAGGGGCGGCGAUUUCUUUUUGCUACCAUCGAGAUGGGAUGCUAUCCCCGAAUAAAAAAAAUUAUACUCGUUUUCUUCACAGCAGUAUGAAACACUUGAC